GUGCUGAUGAGGGCGAGGAGGAGAUUUGAUGCUGCUGCUGUUUCCUGCUGCCAUUUCCUACGCGGAUCUUCACGGAAAUAUCAUCAACAGUCUGAAGAAGCUGCAGUUCGGAUCCUCAGUCGGUUUGCAACAGGCUGCUUUAAUCCGUCAUUUUAAAAGAGUCACGUGCUGAUGGUGGAUAGCAGGCCGGGUUAAUGAUGCAUGUUUGUGUUCGGUUAUUCCUGUAACACAACCACUGCUACUGGAAGAUCGUUUUUAGAAGACCAAAUCAUCGAUAUGGGGUUUGCUUUUUACAGCUACUGAGCUAUUAACUUUAAGAUUUUAUCAAGGUGAGACAUGGAGACAAUAUGGCUUUAUCAGUUCCGUCUGAUCGUCAUCGGAGACUCUACGGUCGGCAAGUCGUGUCUGAUUCGGAGGUUCACUGAGGGCCGCUUCGCCCAGGUGUCGGACCCUACGGUGGGGGUGGACUUCUUCUCCCGCCUGGUGGAGAUCGAGCCGGGCAAAAGAAUCAAACUGCAGAUCUGGGACACAGCGGGACAGGAGAGGUUCAGGUCCAUCACCAGAGCGUACUACCGUAACUCAGUGGGGGGGCUCUUACUCUUCGACAUCACGAACCGCCGCUCCUUCACCAACGUCCACAACUGGCUGGAGGAGGCCCAGAGCCACGUGCAGCCGCACAACAUCGUCUUCCUGCUGGUCGGGCACAAGUGUGACCUGGAGGCCCAGCGGCAGGUGAGCCUCCAGGAGGCAGAGAAGCUGGCCGGGGCCUUCGGGAUGCGCUACGUGGAGACAUCGGCACGAGAGUCCAUCAACGUGGAGAAGGCGUUUGUGGAUCUGACGAGGGACAUCUUUGCGCUGGUACAGAGCGGGGACAUCAAGAUCCAGGACGGCUGGGAGGGCGUAAAGAGCGGACUUGUUCCCAACACGGUCCACUCCUCCGAGGAGGUCACCAAGGGCAACCGGCAGUGCUUCUGCUGACUCCCCCACUGCAGCAUGGGGGGCUGACGGGCGGCCAUACUUCAGAGGACUCCUUCUGAAGGAGCUCUCUCUCCAGCCUCGGCUGCACGCAGACCACUUUUUGGAGACUCGUUCUAUUUUCCCCGCUCAGUUACACACCUUAAUUCUAUAAAUAAGACAUUGUUUAAUCCUUCUGGUGCCUGUUUUUGGCUCUUUGUUGAUAGAAGCACAAGCAGCAUCCUAACCCCGUUUCCUGUUCUGUGUGCAUGUGACUGUAAUAAUCCUGCAGACCCUCAACACUUCAGCUUUACUGCACAUUCAGCCUUUCCUACAGUUAUACUCCCGUAGGCAGUUAUAUGUUGUUGGCACACAUCUCUUAAAGACUGAUACUGUCAGUGUAAUGUGUUUUAUUUUAUAUUUAAACCUGAUUCAGUGAUGCCAAGACUGAGCCAUGCCUCUUCCUUUUCAUGUGUAAUACUCUGAAUAAAUUGCAACCUUGUACAGAUACGCAGUGAGAGAGACGAGACGGAAAACAGAUCUUACUGCACCUCAAAUCCUAGUGACUUAAUACAGAAAGAGGGCGAAGGGUGAUGAAGUCAAAUUGAACCAAAGUAUGACACCUGGCUGGACUAUUUGUUGUGUAUCGGAAGGAGUUUGUUAAAAUGUAGAAAAGGAAAAGCUACUGUAGCUGCUCACUGAUUACCAUUACAACCUGAUCAUAGUAAGGAUUAUUUUUAAAUAUAGUUAGUACCUAAAUUCAUGUUUACUACAACUACUGUGUUAGUUUACUGGUCAGCACCUUAAAGCCUUUAGUAUGGAACCCCAAGGUGUUCAAUAUGUAUUUAAAUAAUAAUAAUAAUCAUAUGCCUAUAUGUACAAUACACAGGCUAAAUAAACCAACAGUUGAUUUAGUGAAAUUACUGAAUAAAUGAUUAAACAACUCAUUAGUUUGACAUGUGAUCUUAUCGUUCCUUUUUUCAUUUUUCACUAAGUUUUUAGUUGAUAAGGGUAAUUUUCUCAAAUAUUUCCUUACUUAUUUUAUCAUUUUAUCGUAUUGUCUAAUUUUAAUAGCAGCUGUUGUGCUAACUUAAACAAUGUGAUCGGCUAAAAGGUGAGAGAUUUCUUUAUUUUACACAAUGUAUUUGUGUAAUUUGUCAUAAUGACUUAUCUUUUCAAUAUUCAACACUUUGGGGCUCCGUACUGAUUUCAAAAGUCUGUUUAAACAUUCACAAUUAACACUUAACAUUACACGAUACCUUCUGGUCACAAUCUCCUCUCACACUAAUCACUUAAUUCAAUUAAUCAACUUUAAGCGAUGCAUGCCUCCAUUUUAACCCACAUUUUCCAAAUAAUUAAAAGAUUUUUAUUUUUGAUAUACUCUUAAUAGCCAUUGCAUUCAGUUCCUGGGAUCUCAUCAGAAAAAAGCAGAGUUAAUGAAGAUACAAAACUGUAUGUGAAACACUGACGGAUUUGAAAAAUGUGGAUUAUUUAAACCCCGAUUGGUUGCUCAGACUGUAGGACAGAUUGUUGGCAUUCAUAUUCACUAAUUCAACAGUUUAGUACAUAUGAGUGAGUUCAUACAGUGUAACAGUCCAGUGGAAGAGUCUCCUCCGAGUGCCUUUUGGAGGAAAGAAGCCUAACUAGCACACACAGUCAUCUUCCUGUUCAAAGAUAAAACUAUUAAAAUAUCUGAACUGUAGGGUGGUAGGAAAUACACUGGUGUCACAUUACACACAACCUGUAAAUAAUUUGUUUGAAACCAAACCCUGACAAAGCCGACUGUUCGAUGUUGUUGUGACUCUGGGAUUGUUAUAGCACAAGUGUCAUCAAUAAUACAUGCCUGGAGACAUUAAUAAAGAUUUGUCGUGUGCACAAAA